AUGCCUCGCCUGACAGCCCUGCUGCUGUGCGCCUGGCUGGCCUCCAGCUCGGCCCUCAUCGUGCCGCCGAUGCUAAAGAGAAUGCUGGAGCCUCUGGGGGAGCCGGUGCCGCUCAGCUGGCGCCGAUCGGCGGAGAAGAGAGCCGUUCCGAUGAGUGACGACGUGUUCGGCCUGCCUCUCUCGCCGGAGGAUUUUGCUGCGGCGGCUGACAUCCCCGAUGACGUGCCUCAGUCCGGGCCGGGAGCCGAGGACCCCAUCGAGCUGGCCGGCCUGUUCGAGGGCGACAUCUCGCACAUGGAGUCGACCAAGGUGCUGCUAGAUGGAGACGUCGCCUUUGACGGCGACGACAUGUUCGUCCGCAACGCCAUCCGCGAGGAGGGCAGCCUCUGGCCGGACUCGGAGAUCCCGUACCUGAUCUCUUCAAGCUACACGCAGCGCGAGCGGGCCAUCAUCGCCAAGGCGGUGGCGGCGUUUGAGAAGAACACGUGCAUCCGGAUCGUGCCGCGCACCACGCAGAAGGACUACAUCCACGUGCGGAAGGGCUCCGGCUGCAGCAGCGCCGUCGGUGUGGUAGGAGGCGUCCAGGAGCUCUCGCUCGCCGACGGCUGCGUCUACCCCGGAGUCGUGAUGCACGAGUUCAUGCACGCAGCCGGCUUCUGGCACGAGCAGAGCCGUCCAGACCGCGGUGACCACGUCAUCAUCAACUGGGGCAACAUCAUCUCCGGCAUGGACUACAACUUCCACAAGUACGAGUGGACCAAGAUCCAGAGCCUGGACGAGCCGUAUGACGUGACCUCAAUCAUGCACUACGGGCCGUACGCGUUCGCCGCUAACCGCAAGCUGCGCACCAUCACUCCCAUCAAGCCCACCGACCAGAUGGGACAGCGCAACGGCUUCUCCGAGAUCGACAUCAAGAAGCUCAACAAGCUGUACAAGUGCCAGGGCACUGGCGGCGGCGCGGUGGGCCCCACCAAAGCGCCGGAGCCCUCUGCAUGCCAGGACAACAACGAGUACUGCUCCGAGUGGAGCGCCCGCGGCGAGUGCACCAAAAACCCCACCUGGAUGAACGUCCACUGCGCCAAGUCGUGCGGCACGUGCAAAGCCUGCGCCGACCACAACACCUACUGUCUCUCGUGGGCCAAGUCCGGCGAGUGCGCCAACAACUGGAGCUACAUGAGCAUCUACUGCCGCGACUCGUGUGGUCUCUGCCUGGGUAGCGACUUCGCCCACUGCGCUGACAAGAACAAGUACUGCGCCGACUGGGCCGAGAUCGGCGAGUGCACCAACAAUCCCGACUUCAUGCUGCAGGACUGCAAGAAGGCCUGUGGCGCCUGCUGAUACGCCCAUGGGAUCGGCGCAACUGUUCCUCAGAUGCCCUCAGAGGCAUUGCAGUAGUUCCUUUAGAUGUUCCAGAGGGCGGUAGCCCUGUCACCUACCACUUAUCUCAGGGUAUUGAUGUGUGACCUUGUUGAACGCGAUGCUUCACGGUACGUCAUGACUAUGUGGUAACUUGGACUUC